AUGGAAAGUGAUCUGUCAACACAAUCGGAACAACUUCUUCAAAGAAUUUUCUGCGACAAGUUAUCAGAAUCUGACCGCAACCUGCUACAGAACUGGUUAACUAGCAAGCUGACCAUCGAAAGAUGUGGAUGGAAGAAGAAGGUUCAAGAUAGUCUCAAGAUGGUGGACCAAGAGAGAAACACAAAUUUGGAGGCUCAUUCGUUCAUCUCGAGACUGCACGAAGAAAUGAAAACUUUCCUAACUGAUAACGAUCUCAUUGAAAAGUACAAGUCGGAGAAUGGAUAUUUGGGUUCUUUAGAAGAGAUACCAAAUUUAAGAAGUUUUCGUUUGAAAGCUAUCUAUAAAAUGUGGAAGACGAUAUCUCAGACUGUAUCACACCAGCGUAUUAAAUCCAGAAACAGUAAUAACAGCACAUCAAAAGAAAAUCAAGAUGAGCCUGAAAACGUAACGGAUGUGACGAUCUCAAUUGAAGGACCGGACGGCAAGAUAACACAAAAACCUGCAACACCGAACAUCGCGACAGACGCAAACAAAUCCAACAACAAUCGUUACGGCAGACGUUCAACGAUAUGCGACAGCGCCAACAUGAGUCUUCAGCUGAAAAUAGAAAAAUUAAAGAACGAAAACAAACAGUUAAAAAAUUACAUAGAAAAUGUUUCCAAGAACUAUCAGAAUUUAUUCUUUAAAUAUUCGCAAGUCGUCGGUGAAGCUAAUAAAAACAACGACGAGCAAGCUGUGACAAGUGCUAAACCAGCUAAAAGUUCGGGAAACGUUGAACCAGUCAAGAGCAGGCAAAAACAGUUUGCCACGCGUAGAAAAGAGGCAUUCCCUAAAAGUUUGGACAUCCCUUCAUCCGGUAGGGAAUUGAAAAAUUUAGUUCUCGAAAGAAAUUUUACCAUAAGCGAAGUUGAAAAAACUGGCAGCGUUGAAAGAUGCAGUAGAAAGAUUUUGAAAGAAAGGAAGUUGUCUGAAAGAAUUGAAGUUAAACGAAUGGUGCAUCAACAAUCCGAAGAGAGUUCACGUUCGAGCAGUUCAAGAGGAAACGAGAACAAGAACGAAACAUUGAACGCUCCGAAAAAUCGACCGAAGUAUCAACAGACAAAUUUUGAUCUGAGUUCCGAGUCUGAAAAUGACGGGCUGGAAAGACGAAAUCGAUGCUUGAAUCACGGUUGUAUCUGCUCAAUAUCUGAUAACAUGAAACAAUUCGAACGCAAUAACACGAAACAAAGCGGACAGAUGAUUCAGGAAAGCAAAAACAUCAAAGACUUUUUGAAAAUCACAUCUACCAGCAAACCAAUACUACCGAAAGAUGUUGGUUUGUUUGGAACUACCAGAGAAUUGACGCAAAAUUUGAUGACGAAAAGUAAAAGUAAAAUAAUUGACAGCAAGGGUAACGAAACAAAAAAUGACAAAAUUAAAACGAAAAAACGCGUUAAAAAUAAAAAGGAAAAAGUUAAGAACAAAUAA